AAUGGGUAUAAAAGCGACCCACCUCGAACAGAUGAUAUCAAACGAACCUCAAAACGUAAACCAUAACGAUCCAAAAUGCGCUCCGUGCUCAUCCUUUCCGUUGUUCUGGCCGUGAUCCUUGGCGCCCACGCCUACAGUGCCACCUGGGGAAAGGCGAAGAAUACCGAUUACCAGCUUCUCCACCAAGUCGAGAUCCGUUAUCCCAUCAAGAACAACUACUGGAAUGUGAACAUCAAUUACCCCGCCUCUGGUGUUGGUUACUAUAACAUUUCGGCCAUCUAUGUGUAUGACAACUUCAAGAACAGCUCCGGUGCCAGUCCCACUCUCUAUUCCGGCGGCCCUGGAUACCGUUUUGCCACCAUUAACCUCAAGAGCCAGGUCAACCGCGGCAUCAACUCCACUGUUGUGAUCUACGGAAAAUAAAUAUGCAUUUCUAGAAAUUGA